CUUCCCUUAAAAUCCACCCACCCCUCUCUCUCUCUCUCUCUCUCUCUAUACCUUAAACCGUACUAAACCGUAUCGAUUGAUAAAAUUGCAAGGUACGAUCGUAAAUCUUGGUAAAGUAAUUUUGAGAUAGAUGGAAACGCAGCGUAAGUCGAAGCAUCGCAAGACCAAUCCAGCCAUUGGUGCCUCUUCUUCUGAUCAAGAAGUGAGCAGUCUUGAGUGGGAAGAAAUAGCAAUGGCUCAAGAAGAAGAGGAUUUGAUCUGCAGGAUGUUCAAGCUUGUCGGUGAAAGGUGGGAUUUAAUAGCUGGGAGGAUUCCAGGAAGAACAGCAGAAGAGAUCGAGAGGUUUUGGGUGAUGAAGAAUCAUCGAAGAUCUUUAUUACGUUGAUCGCCAACUCUAAAAUCAUUUUUCUGAUAUUUGAAAAAAAAAAAUGAAAUCUAUACAUAAUAUAUAUCCUUUAAUAUUCGUUGGUGAUUCCGCAGUUUUGUUCGUGAAUUUGAAGUAGUAGUUGUAUUUCUCGUGUUUUCAUCUUGUGUGUACCUUUGUUAUUUGAUUAAAAAAAACCAUGACCCGAACCUUUAAUUA